AUGACAAGUAACGAACCCCGAGUGGUCGUCAUUGGUGCUGGCCUGGCAGGCAUUUCCACCGGUAUUGCAUUAAAACAGCAACUGAACUGCAAGAAUUUCACGAUUUAUGAAAAGGCCAACAAUGUCGGGGGAACUUGGAGGGGAUGCGGCUCAGAUGUCCCCGGGCACUGGUACAGCCUCUCCACGGAGCUGAACCCGCAUUGGAGCACCUACUUCGCGGGACAGCCUGAACUACAGGCCUACUGGGAAGGCCUAUUCCACAAACACGGUCUGGUGGCGCACACGCAAUUUAACACCCUCUACAAGAGUGCUGUCUGGGACGCAGACGCGCAGCUAUACCGGAUUGUUUUAGAGGACAGCAUCACGGGUGCAAAGAUCGAAACGCAGGCCCACGCGAUUGUGUUUGCGAUGGGGGGAUUUGCGAGGGGGAUGUAUCCUCCAGAGAUUAGGGGAAGAGAUGUGUUCAAGGGUGCUAUUUGGCACUCGGCGGAGUGGGACCAUGGAUAUGUACUUGAGGGAAAACGUGUGGGGGUGAUUGGCAACGGCUGCUCCGUGGCACAAUUCCUCCCAAAAAUAGCUGCCGAUCCGACCGUGCAAGUCGUCAAUUUCUGUAGGACCCCUCAGUGGUUCGUCCCCGCGGUUAACUCUAAAUACCCUGGCUGGGUGCAAACUCUAUUCGCCUACGUACCAGGCGUAAUGCGACUUUACAGGAACAUCAUCAUGGCUAGGGGGUUCACCAAGUACCUCAAAUCCAAGCUCCCUAAGGAAAUGCUCGAGAAGAUGACACCAUCCUAUCCACCUGGGUGCAAGCGCAUCAUCGUCGACGUGGGCUACCUCGAUGCCCUCCAGCAGCCUAACGUCACUGUGAACUGGGACGGCAUCGACUCGAUUGUCGAGGGUGGAAUCAAGACGAAGACAGGCGAAGUUAUCGAGCUAGAUGCUAUUAUCUUCGGGACUGGAUACGUGGUAGAAAUGGGCAAUAUGAAUAUACUGGGACGCAAUGGGAGGACCGUGGAGGGGUACUACGCCGAGCGUGGUGGCCCCACUGCGUACCUCGGCACAUGCAUCCCUGGAUUCCCCAACGUGUUCACCUUGCUAGGACCCAACACGGCGACAGGGCACGCGUCUGUCAUCUUCACCGAGGAGGCUCAGAUAAAUCUCGCCGUGCAACUGCUCCAGCCCAUACUAGAAGGCAAGGCCAAGUCGUUCGAGGUAACUGACGCUGCUACGAACAAGUAUGAUGAAUGGUUGCAGCGCCGUCUCGCGACCUCUGUCUGGACGGAGUGUCAUUCGUAUUACCAAUCCCAAAACAACUACGACGAAGGCUCAAAAUCUGAAUUGGAAGCAAAGCCCAGGAUUGUCGCGACCUUCCCUGGGCCGGUAUCCUAUCUCUGGUGGAUGCUCCGCAAGCCCGUGUGGGGCGACUACAUUGCUGUCGGGGCCGAGCCAUGGUUCGCGAGUAUGCGUAGUGCGAGGAGGAAGAAUGCCGUGAUGUUGAGUGUUUUUAGUGCACUGCUCGGCGUUGCGGUUGGUGUAAGUCUGUUGCGCGCGGACGGGCUCUCUGCAAGCGUUGGGUUUGCCGAUGUUUGGGAGAGGGUUCUGGGGCUAAUCUACCCGUAA